AUGCAAACACGUUCAACAUUAGAUACAAGUUCAAAUAAUUUAUUUACAAAUAUUGAACGGUUAGGUACAUGUGAUUUAUUAUCCUAUGGACAACUUUCAUAUGAUACUAUAUUAACAUCAAUCCAAAGUAAUAAUACAUUACCAUUAUCAGUUAAUUAUUUUUGUACAUGGUUUGAUGAAGAUGAUUUAAUAAUAUCCUUAAUAAGUUAUAAUUUAUGUAAAUCUAGUAUAUUACUUGAACACACAACAAAAGAAUAUAAUGAAUUAUAUAUACAUUUAAUUGAACGUAAUUAUAAAUUAAUAACUAAAACUCAUGCAUAUACAUCAUGUUUAUUUUUACUUGAAAGUCAUGAAGUUGAUUUAAAUUCAUAUGAUAUUUGA